UAAGGCUCGGGACCUUCGCAACAAAAUCAUUUUCUUCGACACAAACACAUUCCAUGACAACAUGGUUCAAAUUGGGUUGAGAGAAAUAUUUCUCCCUUUACUCCUCCUCAUCGGGGGUGGGAGCUGUGCGACGUCCUCCCUACCAAUUGUUGACCUUGGAUACGUCAAGCAACAAGCCACCUCUUAUAACAAAACUUAUGAUUUCUACCACUUUCGUAAUAUAAGAUAUGCGGCGCCACCUCUCGGUAAUCUUAGAUUCCGUAAACCUCAACCGCCGCUUCCUCAGACUGGAAUACAAAAUGGAGACAUCCCACUUUUAAAGAGUGUCUGUCACCAGAACCCUCUAUCCUUCCUAUCCUUCCUGCCCGAUCGAUUUGGAGCGGAUUUCGGCGUUGAAGACUGUCUAUACCUGGAUGUCUAUGUCCCAGCGUCUGUCAACCCAGGUGAUGAUGUGCCAGUCCUCACCUGGGUCUAUGGUGGAGGUUACGCUAUCGGUUCUAAAGAGAUGUGGGGAGACCCGGCCCGUUUGAUUCAAUCUGCCGAUAAACCGAUAAUAUAUGUAUCCAUGAAUUACAGGAUUGGAGCCUUUGGAUGGUUGUCUCCGCCGAAAGCGGCAGACAUCGAUGCGAAUAUCGGUCUCCAUGACGUCCUGGCUGCGAUGGAAUGGGUCAAAAAGUACAUCUCCAAAUUUGGGGGUAACAAGGAUAAGGUUACUGCAAUGGGCGAGAGCGCGGGGGGUGGAAUUAUCAUGCACGCUAUUACGGGUUACGGAGGAAAAGGCAAUAAGCUUCCAUUUCAGCAGGCAAUCAUCCAAUCAGCCGGAUUCGACCCCAAAAGAACGAACUACCCGGACCGGAAUGCUCAAUACGACGAGUUCAAGAAGAACGCAAACUGCGCCACCCUGGAGUGUCUUCGUGGCGCACCCACCGAGGUACUUUUGAAGGCAAAUCGUGACACCAUCAAGAAACUUGAAACGGGGGAAAUAGGAAGUUUUGGCCCAGCAGUUGAUAAGGAUCUUGUCCCGGAUAUUCCUAUCAGACUCCUGGCCCAAGGGAAGUACCACCAUGAGCUCAGGAGCCUGAUUUCGAGUGGCGUUGGCUUUGAGAGCGGAUUAUUUUUCCCUACCCCAGACAACAUAACAGAAGGCGCCUUCAACAGAACCCUCAACACUAUCUAUCCUCUAGCUCCAGAAAAUCUAAAAAAAAGGGCACUCGCUCUAUACCCGUACAAAGGCCCCGGAAUUCCUGAAUGGGCGCGAGUCACCGCCUUUUGGGGUGAUAUAAUCUUCAACUGCAAUCAAGUAUGGUUAGCAAAAUCGUUUCACAAGUCCUACAGAUACGUUUUCAAUCUUCCACCAGCAUAUCACGGUCAGGAUGUUGCCUAUACCUUUUACACUGGUCCCGAUGCUAUGAUUGCGAAUGAGACAACCGCUAUCAUCCAUCAGGAGUACAUCACUGACUAUGUCACUCGUGGGGAGCCCGGUUGCGAGAAGGGUGCCUGCUUCCCCCGAUAUGGAGAUGGCAAGAAUACUCUCCGGAUGAACCUUUCGGAAAUUCGUGUUGUGAGGGAUCCGUGGGCGACUGAGAGGUGCGAUUUAAUGAUGGAUCUUGCGGAGUAUAGUUAA